UUGAAAGUUGACUCUGGUUAUGAGUAAACCUGAGUGGCUGGUGGAGGGUCCCUUUGUGAGAGCUGGGCGGAGGGACACUCUACCCGCCUAGCCUCCAAAGAGAGCUGGAGUAUAGCCAAGCCCCCCUAGAAAGAGAGGUGCCAAAUAGCCGAGCUGGUGAGCCAGGUCUCUCCCUCUGAGAGGCGGGAAGAGGCGGAGUGGAAGGGGCUGCUUAGCUCUCUUUCUCUUGGAGGGAGAAGGGACGGGCGCCCGAGGCAGGCAGGCAGGCAGGCAGAGGGAGAGGCGCCGGGAGGAGCGUGCUUUCCCCCCUCAUCCGCGGCCAUGGCCACCGCCGACUGCACGAGUUACGUGACGGCGGAGAAGGUGCUGGUGGGCGCCUUCAGCUGCCCGCGGGAGGGCGGCGAGGCCGGCGCCAUCUACUGCUGCGGCUUCCAGGACGUCAAGUACUGCUGCGACGACCCCCACAGCUUCUUCCCUUACGAGCACAGCUACAUGUGGUGGCUCAGUGUCGGAGCGCUUGUUGGCUUGUCAGUCGCAGCAGUUGUCCUGCUGGCUUUUAUCAUCAUUGUAUGUGUCCUCUGUUACUUGUUUAUCAGCAGAAAGCCACGCAGAAAAUUGGAUGCAGGCUUAAGCUUACAGGCAACAGAUGAAGAAACUAGGAGGAAUUCUUUAUGUUAAAGAAAGGUCACUCCUUUAUACCAGGGUUGGACAUCUUCAUUAUAAAAAUUGCAUCCUUGAAAAGGCACCAGCAUUCAGCCUCCAAAGCCCUACAGAAACAAAUGAAUUCAGAACUGAAAUCCUGAAGAGUGAAAAUUCAGUGCAAGAAACCAAGAGUUCCUUGAAAUGUGUUUUAAGGCCACGGUGAUCACAGUUAAAUGCUAAGAAGCCAAGCAGAACGUGUAUCCAGGGAUAUAAAAUCAUGAUUGUAACCAUCCAUGCAUCAUUGUAGGCCCUGAUCCAGGGACCCUUUAGCCUUUCUGGAGGCAAAUAUUGCCUUGUACAGUUGGCCGUCCGUAUCUAUGGAUUCCAUGUCCAUGGCUUCAACCCUUCACAACUAGAAAUUAUCCCCCCCCCAAAAAAAAACCCCAAAACACUUUUAAGCUGAUGUUAAUGUGAUUUUAAUUCACUAUGUGUUUCAAUUGGCAAUCACGUCCUUAACUGCAUAAUGUGUCUGUUUGUUGCUGUGUUUUAAUCUAUUGUUCCCUGCCUCAACCCAUUAGAAGAGGUUUGUGAAAAAUGGUUGUUGUUGUUGAUGAUGAUGAUGACAAUAAUGAUAAUAAUGUUGCAGUGGCCCUGUUUACAAGGGUUGAAAAGUGGCGCUUUUGUCUUUCAAAGUUUGCACUGUUUUGGUUUCAUACACACACACAUACGUUUGAGGACAGUAGUUCACUUUUAUCAAUCUAUAUUCAUUACAGGAAAAGUAUUUUGUAUUAAGCAGAGAUGUGCAACUCAAAUCAGUCUGAGGGCCCACUUUUCUAUUUUUUCCAAGGUUAGUACAAGUGAAAUACAUCAUUGCAUUAUCCACAUAUAGUCUUUUUUUCUCCAACUGUAUCAAUUCAUGCUUUAAGACUUUUCUCCUGUUGGUGUUUUAUUAUUUUUCACCAAUGAAGACUUCCAUGAAUGCUUUGUGUUCAUUGUCUCCCCUUACCUCCUUUUGGCUUAUAGCAUCUACCAUAUUUACUCGAUUCUAAUGCGCCAUUGAAUGUAAUGCGCACCUCAAUUUUCAAAACCCUGGAACAAAGAAACAAAAAAAAAUUGCUGACGAAUGUAAUGCGCAACAGUAAAAAUUCACUCUUUGUAAUUUGACCAAAAAAGGUGUGCAUUACAGUUUGUUUAUGUAUGUAUGUAUUUAUUUAUUUAUUUAUUUGUGUAUUUAUUUAUUUAUUUAUUUAUAGUAUUUAUAUUUUGAUCUUCUCAGCCCAGAGGGGACUCAGGGAGAAUCACAAAACAGACAUAUACGGCAAACAUUCAAUGCCGUUUGUAUACACAGACAAGACAGACAAAUGUACAUAGAAAGAGGUAUAUAUAGGCUUUUCCCCAUCCUCGGCAUCUCGGAGGCUUGUGCUCGGUUCCAGCCACUGUGUGUGUGUGUGUGUGUGUGUGUGCUGUUGCUCCAUCUCCCUGCCAAAGAGCUUUUUUGUUCAUAAACUUCCUUCUUUUUUUUGUCGGAUCACUAGCAUUUUUCCUUUAGGGCUGCUUUAAAAUACCUCCCUUGCUUUCAAGCAGUACCUAUUUAUCUACUCACAUUCUUUUUUUGCUUUGGAAUUGCUAGGUUGGUGGAAGCUGGGCUAAAGGCCAGGAGCUCAAGCUGACCCAGGCUUCUAACUUUAGCCCAGUCCUACUAUGCUAAAGUUACUGCCUGCUUAGAAUCCCAUCUUUAAAAACCAAAGUGUUAGGAUACCAAAUUUUCCAGCAAUUGAAAGGAAAACCAGAGAAAUACGUAACCCUUCCCUCAAGGAGCUUGGGAGUCCCCAUUGGCUUUUUUAGCGGCUGUAUGACAUUAUUGGUUCAUGUUUAACUUGUUGUCCAUGGGGACUCCCAAGAUUUUUUUCACAUGUACUGCUAUCAAGCCAGGCAUCCCCCAUUCUGUAUCUUUGCAUUUCAUUUUUUUUCUGCCUUAGUGGAGUAUCUUACAUUUGUCCUUGUUGGAUUUCAUUGUGUUAGUUUUGGCCCAUCUCUCUAAUCUGUUAAGAUCGUUUUGAAUUCUGCUUCUGUCUUCUGUUCCUUGAACUAGGAAACAGCCUGGUAGUUUGUCCGUUUGAUCCAGAAUCACCUCAAUUGUGCAAUGUUUCUGGAAUUGCCUUCACAUAAAAUUAUGUUUUCAGUUCUUAUUUACCCAUGCAGCAGGUUUGACAUGAUAAAAUAUUUCAAAAUGAGGAUGAGAUGUGAUCUAAUUAUUUUCUUCAAAAUAUCCCAAGGCUUUCUAUUUUUAUAUCAGAAAACAUACAGGUGAUAAUACCAAAAAGAGCCAACAAAUCUAAAAGUUCUUAUUUUUCCACCCAUACUUAACUAAAUCUUAUGAAACUGAGUGACUGAAAUCUGUCAUGAUAAGUGAAAGUGUGAACAUUUAUGGUUGCUCAUUAGCUUUUUGUGGUGGUAUCUUUUGUCCUCAAUGUUGGAAAUGUCUCUCAUCUAAACAAAAGCAUGACAGCCCGAUGAUUUAAGAAAAACUGGACGAAUUUGCACUUGGAGGCAAAUCUUAAAAUCUCUGUACUGUUGGAAUUGCUGUGUCUGUUCCUAAUGAUGCAAAACAUGCAAACAACUGCCUGUCAUUCAAAAUAGACAACGUGUAUUAUUCACACCCCUACAAUCAAUGACUUGGAGCCUGUAAUGUUAUUCAAGUGCCCUGCUUUUUCCAGCCUAAUUUGUAUUGGCAGCCAGUUCAAGAAUGGCCUUUGUGCGACAGCUUUUCUAUACUGUGAUAUGCAACAUUCAGUUCUAUCUUGUAAUUACAUGACAGGAUCAGUUCAGAAAACAUUAAAAUCAUUAUUUCUGCGGUUUCAGAAA